GUUAAUUUCUUCCAGUCUUUGAAGUGCAGGUAGUCUUUAAAUUUCAAUCGCAACUCAACUGUAGAAAUAUUGCUAUAAUUCAAGAAAUAUAACCAGCACGAAUAAAACAUGGUGUCUGGCCGUUCAUUGUGCCUUGUUAUAUUUAUUUUGUCACUAAGUUGGAUAGCAACGACUUUAGGAGAUGAAGAGAAGAAUAAAAAUGCAGAUGUCCCGAUAAAAUCAAAACACUCUGUCAGAAAGAAUGACGAUGAUGAAACGAAAACCGAAUCUGAGACAAACACAGAAACAAAAGAUGGGUUUAGAACUGUGACAAGAGUCACAAAGCAUAUGAAAAUGAACAAGAACAAAGCGCCAGAAGUGAUUGGACAAACUGUGGAGAGUGUUACCACGAAUGUGUUCGACCCGAAAAAACCAGAAAAAUUUCAAGCUGGGAAAUUAAAGAAGCCGGGAUUUUUAUUUGAUUUGUUCAGCCCUUUUAGAGUUGGAAUAUUUGCUGAUGAUCUUGUUAAGCAAUGCUCCAGUAAGAAGAAGUGCAAUAAACCAGGCAUGUACUGCGAUAAAAUGGACUUUCAAUGUCGAAAGAAAUUGAAACUAGAUGAAAGAUGUGACCAAGAAGGACAAUGCAAAGAAAGUAAUGGAAAAGAUAAGGUUGCCUGUCUUUGGGGAAGAUGUUCAGUAGUUCCAAAAUCCGUGGGUAGUGCAGGUUUGUUUUGUAAGAAAAACAAAGAUUGCAAGUCAGAAGAACUUUAUUGCGCUCUUCAAAAUGACAUCAGUGAAGUUUCUAAAGUUUGUGUUUUCAAACUGUCCGAGGGGCAAACGUGUGGACGAAACAACAUCUUGCGUUUCUUGCCAUUUCGCCUUUUAUCCUUUAAGAAUGAUGAUUUACCUUGCAAAAAAGGAUUCUCAUGUGAAGCACUAAGAUUCACUGGAAGAAAGAUAUGUCGCCGGGAAGAAGAGGAAGCUAAAAACUAGGAUGUUCCCUGAGAAAAUUGAAUUUCUCACCAGGAUCAACUCCGUAUCAAUUAUGUAUGCGUUGGAAAAUGAACAUGUAUAGGAACAAGUCUUUAAAAUAUGUUGUCGUAACUCAUUGCGCUUGGGUAGAUAUCUAUAUUUAUGCUUACAUGCUUUAGUAGAUGUAGUAAUAGUUAUUGCAUAUUUAUGUCCAGUAUUUGAGGAACAAUUGUAAAUUUGCUUUGAAACAAAUAAACAGAAAAAUAACGGAA